CUGUGAACUGGUCUUUUCCUUGCAGAGACUUUUUUGCAAUAGAAAAUAACACGCCUGAACACUCAGUAUUCCAGAAAAAAUAGUUGGUGAACAAGCUGAUAGAACUCAAGAUUCAUCGAGUUCUCGUUCCGCAAUAGCUGGGUAGCUGUUCCCCCCCCCCACCUAUAUUGUUAAAUAUUUGCAACCAAGUAUCACCCCCACACCAACAAGUUCUCACUCGUUCGUCUGGAAUCAGGUAGCGAUGGCAACAUGUUCAGCUUCAGAUAGCUUGCAGUACACACUACCAACUGCUUGUACAACACUGAAUAGUGAGUCCAUUGCUUCCCUCGACAUCGCGUGCGGACGCCUUCCUAUGGAAUUAAGCCAUUUACCCGCUCAGCGUCACCCACUUCCAACAUUGACGGAUCUUCCAGACGACAUUCUGCUCUAUAUUUUAAAUAACUUUAUACCGUUAAUCGAUCUGUGGCAAUUGCUACAAAUAUCUCAGCGAAUACGAUCUUUGGCUAAGGACGUGAUUCGACGAGUGUGGAAGAUUGAUUUACGGUCUAAUACUGAAAGCUUGUUCCGUAUUCAAUUCCGUGGAGCCCUUAUCACACUGGAUGCUAUCUCUACCAAAUUGCCUCCGCUGGAACCACAUCGUCGUACACCGCCUUCUGUAAAUGUCUCUCCUUCUCCGGCACAUAGUAUUUAUUCAAGGCUCGGUACUGGAUCUACCAUCUCAAUGCGAACAGCCGAAGCUGGUCCCCUUCGGAUAAACCUCGCAACACGAUCUGAUGGUCCAGCAUUAUCAGUUGAUCCAUCAUCAACAAGCGGUAUAGCCCAUUAUACCGAUUCAUUAGAAGCAUCUCCUGUUACCCCGCACGACAGCGGUCAUAAUUUUUGGUCCUCACCCUCCGCUGAUGGAUCUGACCAUGAUGAUAACAUACCCGAUCCUUCACCUGAAACCCGUCGUGAGCACCCUGCUCUUGCCCAAUUUAAGGCCAUGGCUGGUUCACUAAUCGAAGAAGAAUGUCUUCAUCAGAGAAUCAUUCGCGGUAUUGUCUCUCAUACCCAUCGUUAUGUCUUGAUUGAGGACAUUGACACGCGGAAUCGACUACGGGCAGCCGUAGACACAAUAUUUCACCAUGUGGUAUUUGUUUCAUCUGGAACGCACAGAGAAGAUCGCUGGUCGAAAGCGUCAGCAGCAGCCUUUGUCCGUCUUCUCAAAAGACUGGAUACCGCCUUUCCUAAUCAUGGCAACGAAAUGACAUACACAUUGUCUGAUAAUUUGAAGGCUUUCCUGGAAUAUUCUACUUAUCGCCUAAUGGCCGCUAAACGAUGCGGUCACCGUCUUUGGGCCGUUCGUACUGUAGACACACUCUCAUCUUGUGCUAAUCUUAUAGGCGCUGCGCUAUUGGUCAAAAUUUUGACAGAGCCGCAAGUAGAAGGCGCUAUAAGGAAAAUGUGUGAAUUGCUCAAAGACAAUCAGAUAGAAACGCAUGUACGUCAACGAAUACUAACUACGUUACUCAAUGGAUGGCUGAUAGAUCGUGAACCCAUUUACACCGAUAUAUGUAUCUUACUUCAUCACGAAAUUGACAAUUGCAUAGCUUUGCAGCUAUCAACGUAAAUAAUAAAUGACAAUACGUGUUUUCUAUGACGAUCACUAUGAUUGGCCCUUUAUGACAAGGUACGAUUUGGAAGUUCAACAUCAUUAUUCGAACACCAAUGACGCCGGUGGCGCAGGAG